AGACAUUUAAAUUCAGUUCCCAAGCUGGAACAUGUCCGUUGUGUUGAUAAUUUAUAAUCUCAAUAAUUUGUUAUUUAUCUGCUCCAAAAGCAACUUACAGUUGAUUAGACUAAGCAGGGGACAAUCCCCCUGCAACGAUGUAGGGUUAAGGGCCUUGCUCAAGGGCCCCAACAGCUGUGUGGAUCUUAUCAUGGCUACACCGGUGCCUGAAUCACCAACCUUCCGGGUCCCAGUAAAAGCACCAUAGCCGCUGGGCUACAGGCUGCUGAUUCCAGGCUCACCGUGUAACUGACGGGCCUAAACUGUGGUUGAACCCGGGCCCUGAUGUCUGAGACGUGAGCGCGGUCUGUUUCUCUGCGUCUUCCUCAGAGGAGGGUCCCCCGGGCGUGACCGCCUGGGCGGGGCAGCGGAGGGCAGCGGGCGGGACGGGGCGGGGCUUAGCCGCGCGGCUCGCAUGGUCAUCACUGCGGCCCAGUCUGGAAGGCGGAGCCUCCUCCCUAGCCCCGCCUCCCCUCCUAACCCCACCUCCCCCUCCAGCGUCCAGAAACGACCCACCGCAGUCCGUCCAGAGGGAGAGGCCAGCAUUAACCCUAAAAAGACCAGCAGACCGGUGAAGAGGAAGCCAGUCUCCAGAAAGAGACCUCAGGCCCCCUGCUGGAAGAAGACCAGACCUGCAGCCUGUGAGCAGUCUCUCAGUAACAGCCCUCCCUGCUCUACAGCCCCCCCUGGGGCCUCGGAGGACCCUGAAACCUGCUGCCCCUUAUGUGGAGGCUACUUCAGUCCCGAAUAUUUGCCCCAACACGCCUCCUCCUGCCAGGGGGAGGAGCCAGACGUGGAGCUGAGCUUCACGCCCCCCUACAGCCCCGCCCACAGCAGCGGUGGCCCCGCCCACAGCCCCGCCCUCUACGCAGAGCAGGACCUGGUGCCCUGCCCUGUGUGCUCCUUCCGGUUCCCCUCCUCUCAGAUCCAUCUGCACGCCAGCAGCUGCGGAGACCCUCUGGAGCCCCAAUGGAGCUGGGUGGACUGACCUCUGACCUCUGACCUCUGACCCCCCUGCACUCUCAGGGAAAAAUGGACAAAAAAAACCUGCCUAAAGAGGUACUAACACUUGCCAUUGUGGUGGUACCUAAUGGGUACAAUAAAAAUGUACCCCUAGCCAGUCAUACAGAAUUUGUCCCUUUUUAGCUCGUAAUUUCAGGGGACGUUUGUGAGAAUUGUCCCAUAAAACCUAAAAAUGCCUUUAUUUGUGACAGAGUGUGUCAGUGUGGAAGCUGUGUGUCAGUGUGUGUCAGUGUGGAAGCUGUGUGUCAGUGUGUGUCAGUGUGGGUGCUGUGUGUUAGUGUGUGUCAGUGUGGGAGCUGUGUGUCCAAACCAAGCUGGCCAGAGUAGGAUGGGCUUCUCCUGAGGUUUCCUCCUUCCAGGGAGUUUUUCGUUGCCACUGUCACCUCUACUGGCUUUGGGGGGGGGGGGUUUAGGCCAGAGAGAAAAUAAUUUUGUAAAAUACACCGUAUAAAUAAAAAAAGGGAUUUGAUUUGAUCGCUGUGGUUCACUGUGAUUGAGAGAAACACACCACCACAUUGACUCCGCCGGGAAGUCGGGGAUACCACCGGCAGGUCGGACAAACGAGUCACUCGGUGCCGGUCCAUUCUGGGUGACCGGAGACCCAGGGAGCAUUCUGUCCUUCAUCCUGAGUUCCUCUUCCUCCUCAUCAGUCCGUUUGGCGGAUAUUAGCGAGCAUCACCUGGGGAGGGCGGCUGUGGGAAACGGCUGCAAGCCUGGAGGUGUUUUUCUGUUUCUGCAGCUCAGCCUCGCCAACGUAGACCUGCAAUAACGACACGCUUGACAAACCUGUAAUACCCAUCAACUCACCUGUGACACCAACCACCACUUACCUCUCACUGUCUACUGUCUAUGUAUUUCAGCCAUGUUUUUACCAUGUUUACUCCUCUGUCUUUCUUGUUCAAAAAAAGUGUUAUAAACAAUUCAGGGUGUUAAAACACGUUGAAGGAUUAUGUAACAGUGCCAGUCCAGGUAAUGGAAGAACAGAGAGAAAAAGAUACAGGAGCCACCACCUUAAUUACACUAACGAGGGGGGGGUGAUAUAGUUGCAUCUUAAUUGGUGUGUCCUCAUGGGGGGUGGUGUCUCGUAGUGUCUGUUCAUGGGUGAUAAUUCCACAAUCAAGCAGAAAUCUCUAGAGCACAGUAGAACGAAGAACAACACGCUACCUGUCUUCCACAACUGACAUCCUUCACUCUGGAUACUGACUCUGUUUCGGCUCUGUCGAGUUCCGUAACACCUGUACCUCUCCACACACACCCGAACCGGGCCCUGAAAGGUCCGGACCCCUGAGGUUCUGAUGGAUAUGUGAAGUUCCUGAUAGUUUGGGGCAAGAACUUUGAAUUUAGGGUACCGAAUCCUGUUUGCCUAUCGACAUGGAAAACCUUACGGUAAGGAUGUUUUUGGGAAUACGUUUAUGCAGUAGUUCAUUCAUUAGAAGGUUUCAGUCUGGUUAUCUUCAUGUUCUAAGAUGUUCUGAUUGAUGAAAUAAGGCACCGUUAAAUGGUUGAAUCACAGAUGAUUGAAAUAUUAACAAUUUUUAGUCUAAGAAAUGUGAUUCUCUGCAUUGUUAGUGAGUGUAUUGUACAUAGUGAAAUGCCGCAAAGCAAGAAGGAUCUAAGAAAACAAUUCAGUGAAUCUUACUGAUUUUGAUACUUUUUACAAUAUUCCAAUGUUUAUUGUAACCCGAGAACGUUUUUGAGUGGAUGUCAGGAGAAGGUGCACAGAUCACACC